AUGGACAAGAACAAGAGCCGUACCGAUCUGCUGGCAGCCGGACGUAAGAAGCUUCAACAAUUUCGCCAGAAGAAGGAUAAUAAAGGCAGUAGUAGCCGUGAAAAAUCCUCGAAAAAAUCUAGUACAUCUGAGAAGCAUGAAUCUGAUGCUGAUGAAGCAUCAAGUACUGUAAAAGCAGCAACAGUGCCACCAGUUGUUGAAGAGGAAGUUAAAUCUCAGAGUGAUUCUGAUUCCGGAAGGGUAGACUCUUUGCAGUCUUCCUCUGUGGCUACUGAUGUUGAUGUUAUGGCUGUUGAUCCACCAUCAAUUCCUAUGACACCUGAAUCAAGCGUAGCUGAAACAGCUUUGGGCCAUGAUGCUGGGAUGGCUGCACAGGAAGUGGGGCCUGAUGACAAUGGCAUUGAUUCCUCAAAACCUGAGGAAGGGGGAAGUAGCCAGUUUACUGAUGAUAAGGUAGCAAGAGUUGCUCAUUUGGGAAGGUCAGAUAUUCCAGAUUCUGGAGUGAAACCCGAACAUGAUGAUGCAUUUGUAAACAUUGAUGUGCCAGCUCCUCCUUCACUGGUACAUACUACAGAUGGCAUAACUUUUACAGUUGAAACACAGAGCAAAAAUGUGGAAGACAUCAAUCAGCCAUUUCUAUCACAAGAAGAUAGUCCUGAUACAUCCUCGAUUCCUGCAAGGGGAGAUCAGGUAACGGAUGUAGGGGCAAUGCAGGAAGCUGAUGGUUUGGGCUCGAAACAAUUUGGUGGAAGCAGUGAUGCACAGCUUGAAGGAGACAGGGGACUAUACUUUUCUGGCCAUAGUGAAUUUGCCAAAGGUGCUGGAGGUACAGCUUCAGAACAGAUUCAGAUGGAGGAAGCAGCCUCUCAAUCAAAGCAAAGUCAUGCGGCAGGUGGUGCUUCUGUUUCUGCGAAUGCAACUGACCUGUCAGAUGAGAUAGUUGCAUCUGCUUUGGCUGUUUUGGAGGCAGAUGGAACUUCGGGUGUUAUUCAUGACGCCACCAAUCAACAUGGGAAAGUGGUUGAUAUAGGUGCAUCAGCUGUCGAAAAUGCGGAAUUGCCAUCUGGGUAUGCACAUCUUGGAGAUGACAGGGAAGAAGGUGUGCAAUCUGAUAGUUUGGUUGCAGAGGCAUCUAGUCUACAUUAUUUUCCUGAGGAGUCUUUUGUGUUCGUCAGUGAAAGUGAUGAAAGGCCUCCGUUAACUAAACUAGCCAGUACAUCAGAGGGCUCUCUUGGUGAUUUGUAUCCAAUCAGCUUCUUGCAGCUCAUAGAGGUGAUAAAGGGACUUAGUGAAGAUGAGUAUCGGCAACUUCUCAAUUCUCGGGGAUCAGUUGCUAAUGCUGAGUUGGACACUGCUAGUUCAUUCUUAUCACUAGAUGGCUUUCCAGGUUUGUUGGAGAGACUUAGAGAAGAAUUAUUCCUCACAAAUUGCUCAAAAGAUAUCCUUAAAUUACAACUUUCUGAACAGUCUGAUCUGCAAACAGAGAAUGAUCAUCAUUUGCGUCAGUUGGAUGAUGAUAUAGCUGUGCUUCGCGCUUCACUCAAAGAAGCUUAUGAAAGGAGUAACUCCCUUGCUGAAGAACUUGCAGAAUGCAGAUCUGAACUUCAGGCUAGUGUUAUUGGGAGGGAGGAGCUUGAACAGCAAUUUCAUGAAGCUCAUGAGAGGAAUAACUCCCUUGCUGAAGAACUUGCAGAAUGCAGGUCUGAACUUCAGGCUAGUGUUAGUGGGAGGGAGGAGCUUGAACGGCAAUUUCAUGAAGCUCGUGAGAGGAGUAACUCCCUUGCUGAAGAACUUGCAGAAUGCAGAUCUGAACUUCAGGCUAGUGUUAGUGGGAGGGAAGAGCUUGAACAGCAAUUUCAUGAAUCUCAUGAGAGGAGUACCUCCCUUGCUGAAGAACUUGCAGAAUGCAGAUCUGAACUUCAGGCUAGUGUUAGUGGGAGGGAGGAGCUUGAACAGCAAUUUCAUGAAUCUCAUGAGAGGAGUAUCUCCCUUGCUGAAGAACUUGCAGAAUGCAGAUCUGAACUUCAGGCUAGUGUUAGUGGGAGGGAGGAGCCUGAACAGCAAUUUCAUGAAUCUCAUGAGAGGAGUAACUCCCUUGCUGAAGAACUUGCAGAAUGCAGAUCUGACCUUCGGGCCAGUGUUAGUGGGAGGAAGGAGCUUGAACAGCAAUUUCAUGCAGCAAAGGCAGAAUUUGAGGAAGUUUCUGCAAGAGCAUAUGAGUUGCAGAAUAGUAUGGAAAUGUCGCAAUCGGAAUCAUUGAGACUGUUCAAGGAAUCGGCUGACAGCAAGGAUUUUGUUGCAGCCUUGCAGGUGGAAAUUGAGAACUUAGAAGGCAAGCUUGUUUCCUUGACCGAUGAGAGAAAGAAAGUUGAGGAGGAAAAAAAUUCUUGUCUCCACGAGAAUGAGAAGCUGUUGAGUGAGUUAGCUGACUGCAAGAGUUUGGUAGCAGCUUUACAGAUGGAAAGUUCUAACUUGAGUGGAACUCUUGCUUCAAUUACAG